AUGGAAGACCCGAUCCCAAAGGCCAAGAGCCAUACCCGUAACUCGACUCGAUCCGACGACUUUCCUCAGCCAUCCGAUAAUGCCCCUGGCAUUUGCCGAAUAUGUCGAGGCGAAGGAACACCAGAGGAACCGUUGUUCUACCCGUGCAAGUGCAGUGGUAGUAUCAAAUAUGUCCAUCAAGAUUGCUUAAUGGAAUGGCUCUCGCAUUCGCAAAAAAAGUAUUGCGAGCUUUGCAAGACAUCCUUCCGAUUCACCAAGCUAUACGCACCCGACAUGCCCCAAUCGCUUCCUGUGCACAUCUUUAUUGGACAUAUGGCAAGAUAUCUUUUACAGAAUGUUCUCGUGUGGCUUCGUGGAGCUAUGGCCAUUAGUGUAUGGCUAUGCUGGUUGCCUUACUUUAUGAGAACCGUCUGGUCCUUUAUGUUCUGGAUCAGUGAUGAAGGCUUCGGCAACUCUGCGGCGUCUCAAGUCAACGGAACCUUGCCAUCCUCUGGAGCUGAAAUAUCCUCGUCAGUUUUGGAUAUUGAUACAUGUCCUUCGAGCCCCUUAUUCGCGCCCACAACUACCUCGGCGUCGGCUGCCAAGGCGUUGUUCGACGGUCUAUCAGACCAGAACAUUAGCGAUUUCCUUGUACGGCUCUUCCUGGGGAGCUGGGGGUUUUCUAACAAGUCCGAUCGAUCCGGUGCAUCUCCCGAGUCUGCCAACACCACCGCUUCCGGUAUACCGCCAACAUUGCUUGGGGAAGUAGCCUUCUUGAACAAUCUUACUCGCAAUCCCACAAUCAAUCGAGCAGUUAUUUCAAUCCUCGAAGGCCAGAUAAUCACUAUUCUAGUCAUAGUAUGCUUUAUUUUGGUCAUACUGGUGCGGGAUUAUGUGGUCCAGCAACAACCCGAGAUGCGUGCAGCAGCAUUCGCAGUUCCCGAAAACCCUUUGGCGCAACAAGAACCAAUGCUAGUUCGACCUGAGGAUGUGGAAGAUUUACCUGGCCCGGAUGAGUCGGACGACGAAACUCUUGAUACUGGAGAGCCCACCGCGAGCGCCAACGAUGUUGAAUUCGCUGUCGAGGUCCAGGCCGAAACACGUCGACGCAGGCGGACAAACUCUGAGCUCGCACUUCCUGAGGGUCUUGCAGCAGCCGGAUAUUUGGCAGCAGAUGCUGGCAACCUGCCCACAGACAUCAGUCCCGCUGAGGAACGUGCUAGUGUCUACGACUACCUCCGUAUCUAUCGCCAAGCCGACGGUGACCAUGAAAGAAUUCUAGAAAUCAUUCACGAAGAAGGCCUUGAAAGGAAACUGUCCUACUGGGUUGAUGUCACUCAGCGGGCUCUCCGAGAAGGAGACGAUACUCCUGGUACCAAUGUUCAGCAUGGCGCAGAAUCUAUUCGGGGGCGUGCAGGGAGCUUUGGUUCUACUGCUGCCAGCUCCUCCAGAAAGGAUUUCACGCCUGGCUCUGAUGAAUCUCCCACACCAAUGGAUGCCCCUGGCGAACAGUCUUCCCCCAAGGGCAAGGAAAGAGAACAGGUGCCAUUUCUUCCUGACACGGAAUUUGAGACGGUCCCUUUCCUACCCGGAUCAAAGUCAACUAUUACCCGACCUCGAGCUGUCUCGGAUGGCCCUCAGCUGCAGGAUUCUGUAAACCCUUUGGCCAAUAAUAGCUGGUCAUUUGCUGGACUACCCCCUACUGUGCCAGACGAGUCGCCAUCUGAUGAGUACCGCCGUGCCCAAUCAAUUUUCGCUUCUGAACAGAGCAAAAAAUCGGUCCAUGAUACUGCGGACGAAGCUGGCCCUUCUAACCGACCUGAUGUCCCACACAAUGAGCAAGACAAUGUUCACCGGGCUGAACCGCCGGAUUCGCUUCCAUCGGACCCGCAAAGACCCCAACAAGCCGACACUGACCCAGCAGCCGAAGAAGACCGACCUGCUGGCUUGGUCAACAGAGUGACAGAUUUCAUGUGGGGUGAUCUGGACGAAGCUCAACAAGAAAGGCAACGUGCACUGGCGGCUGAGGCUGUGGCUGCGGCUGGCCAUAUCGCCCAACUUGACGACACUGAUGGCUGGGAAACUGAGCUUGAAGAUCUUCACCCCGAAGCCCCACCUCCUGAGCUUGGUGUAGCUGAGAAUCCCGAAGACCCUGAGGAUAUGGGUGACGCCCCCGGCGCAGGACUUGACCAAGAAGCCAUGGAAGACCUCGAAGAUUUCGAAGGCGUAAUGGAGCUCAUUGUUGGAUUUGGUCUGUGGGUUGUCAUCAACCUCAUCGAUAUGUUUACCGGUUUAAUUGGAGGUUUUAUUGGCGCCCAAGUCCUGUUGGCGAGAAAGGCUUCCUGGUCCCUCUGGACCAACGCUGGUUCACGGGUUCUGGACUACACUUUUAUGGAUAUUCCCAUGUCUGCUGCAGAGAUGCAAAACUUUUCUGCGAUUAGCCACAGUGCACUCAUCUCUGUCAAGGGCAACAUCGGCGCCCUCUUCACGAUUGUGACCAAAUCCGUGGGUUUCAUCCUUGGCGGCCACUUCUUGAAUAGCGACUUGUCCAUUGAGUCCGCUACCUUGGCAGCCGAUAUGGCCUGGGCCAAGCUGGUUGAUAUUUCGUCUGCACUACUGAAGCCAAAUUCAUGGGUUAUCAAUCUCAGUGAGUCCGAAGGGUCUCUCCCUAUCAACCCCGAGCUGGCCCAUUGGUCUGGACUGGACCGAUUCUGGGCCAUUUCAGCAGGCUACGCAACAUUGUUUUUCGCUGGUGCACUUUAUCUCAGACGUGGAAGCCCAUUCUCCCGAGGACACAUCCUGCAAGCUUGGGAAGCUGGUAUCAUCGAUACUUUACAUCAAGCGAGUGGUAUUAUGAAAGUCAUCAUGAUUAUUAGUAUUGAAAUGCUUGUCUUUCCACUUUACUGUGGACUUCUCCUAGAUGGCGCUCUGCUCCCCCUGUUUGAGAACACAACAUUCAAGUCACGUCUCCUUUUCACCUACAACUAUCCUCUUACUUCGGUCUUUGUUCACUGGUUCGUUGGUACUGGAUACAUGUUCCAUUUCGCGCUCUUUGUGUCUAUGUGUCGCAAAAUUAUGCGCCAAGGUGUUCUCUAUUUCAUUCGCGAUCCAGAUGAUCCCGAGUUCCACCCCGUACGCGAUGUUCUUGAGAGAAACCUAACCACUCAACUUAGGAAGAUUCUCUUCUCGGCCUUUGUAUACGGUGCUUUGGUCAUCGUUUGUUUGGGAGGCGUUGUGUGGGGUCUCUCAUGGACGGUCCCUGGAGUCCUCCCAGUUCACUACUCGUCUAAUGAACCAGUGCUCGAGUUUCCAGUGGAUCUUUUGUUUUACAACUUCCUCAUGCCGCUUGCUGUUAACUUCUUCAAACCAGGCGACGGACUUCACGCUAUGUACACGUGGUGGUUCAGAACCUGCGCCAGAGGAUUGCGACUCACUUAUUUCCUCUUUGGCGAGAGAAAGAUUGACGAAGAAGGAAGCCUGCAGCUUGGAAACACCCAUGAACACCAAGAGCCCCCCUGGUACAAGACCUUGUUCUUAGAGUUGAAUGCUAGAUACCAUGUCGUGCCCAAGACCUGGACCGACUUUUUCGAUGGCGGCGAUGCCAAGCCCAGGACGCCUCUUAAUAACAGCGAAAUUCGGUCGCUUACUCGCCACAAAAACCACCUGAAGGAGGCAAACCAACUGGUUGAGAGCGGACAUUUCGUUCGGGCACCUGCCUCGGAUCGAGUUAAAAUUCCAAAGGGCAAAAAGGUUUUCCUUGAAGUCGACGAACAUGGUCGAAGAAGCGACGGGCAGGACGAUGCCGAUCUUUACGCCAGCAAUCAGUACCAGAUGGUAUAUGUUCCACCAAACUUCCGGGCGAGAAUAUUCCUUUUCAUAUUUUUUAUCUGGAUCUUUGCGGCAGUCACAGGCGUUGGCUUUACCAUCAUCCCACUGGUGUUUGGCCGACGAAUGUUCAAGUUGUUGAUUCCGCAACACAUCCGAACGAACGACAUUUACGCAUUCAGCAUUGGCGUUUAUCUAUUGGGAACUGCAGCCUAUUUGGUCUUCCAUCUUCGCAGUGUUUGGACAAAGAUCCAAGAUGGGUUCUCGGCUGUCCGUGCGUCCCUCACUGCUGGGAAUCUUGAGCGCCGGACUGCUGCGGUUUUGUUACAAGGAGUUAACCUGGUAUAUGCCUACUUUUUCCUAUACAUUGUUUUCCCGCUCCUGGUCUCGGGACUUAUGGAGUUAUAUCUUGUGCUCCCUUUGCACACCUACAUGCACCCCCCUACUGCAGAAUCCGUUCAGGCAUCAAGAGCGGGAGGCCCUGAAGCAAGUCGCCAUACGGUCCGCGUCAUUCAAGCCUGGACACUUGGCUUGCUGUACUUGAAGCUCGGGGCUCGAAUGGUUACAGCCAUGUUCCCGGAUACUCGUCUUGCUCUUGCUGUUCGAACAGUAACUCGAGGCUGGUGGAUGCGCCCCGACACUAGCAUCUUGACCCGAGCUUUCGUCCUCCCUGGCCUGGCGAUUGCCGGGGCUGCCAUCUUUGGACCACCAGCAAUUGCUGGUGUUUUUAUCAAGUACAACGUGAUCCAGGGCGUCCAGCCUGGAGAGAAUGAACUGGUAGAGGCCGCACGACUUGCAAUUAUAUACCGACAUUCUUACCCAGCUGUAGCGCUGUUUGCGCUGCUAAUUAAGAACACGAUUGGGUUGGUCAAGGUGUUUAACGGCUGGACCGCUCGCAUCCGCGAUGAGGCCUACCUCAUUGGGGAAAGGCUGCAUAAUUUUGGUGCCGCUGCUGCAGGAGCGGGAAGGGUCAGAGGUGCAUGGAGAGCGGGAGGGGCAAGACUAUGA